AUGAACGAACUGCUGAAUCUCUUGGCUGACUACAUUGACCUGACCUUCGAGGCACCUGACAUGCCCACUUCCGGGCGGCGGAUUAGCGAGUCUUCAGCUGUCAGCAUGUUCGGCUUCCGGGAGAGUGCAGUCAACAGCUUGGGAAAGCCAGUUUGGCAGUGGCCUCAGUCUGGUCGUGACUCUACUGUCAGCUACCAUCGAAGUGCCUCCCUCAAUGCCCAUGUAGAUGCCCCUGCACGCUGCCAUCUGAAUGUGGUGCCAGCGCAACCCUUGAUGGACCUCUUUCUUGCGCAGGAGGGAGAGGUCCAUCGCAAAGUUUUCGGGCCUCGGAUGCUGAAGCAGUUUCAGGCGAUGAAGGAGAUCCUCUUAGCUGGAGACACAAAUCGACUAGUUGCAGAACUCACAUUUGUCAGAAUUAAUGAUUUGGCGGCACCACCUGAGCCGAUGAAUUUGUUGCUGUGCUUGGAGCCCUUCGUGGCAUUGAUCAUCAUUGCCAAUGGAGUCAUGAUAGGUUUCCAGACCGAUCCGGCGUACCGUGAUUGGCCUCACUGGCUCGCUCUUGAAGCUGGAUUUGCCAGUAUCCUCUUGCUGGAAAUUGCCGUCCGUAUGUACCUGCAAGGCCGCCGUGCUUUCUUCCGAGGAAAUGAGCUGAUGUGGAACCUUUUUGACUUGUUCUUAGGCCUCACGGGCCUAGUCGAUGUGAUCGUCCAAUCUGUUUCCUCCAGCGGUGGGGACGUUUUUGGGACUUCGCUCCUCCGCUUCUGCAGGCUGAUCCGUUUAGUGCGAAUUGUGAAGGUCUUCCGUCUCAAGGUCAUGAAAGAUCUACGGCUCAUGGUUAAAGGUCUCAUCGCUGGAGUGAAGACACUGGUGAUGGCCUUCACCCUGUUGUUUACCGUGCUCUAUGUCAUCAGCGGCUUCGCAACUAUGACGAUUGGCAUGUCUAUUGGUGAGAGUGACCAAGAUGCUUUGAGGCGGCUUGAGCCAUUCUUCAACACAAUCCCGGCAUCUAUGUUUACAGCCUUCCGCUGCGCCACGGGCGAGUGCAUCAAUGACGAGGGGCAGCCCAUCCAGUCUCUGUUGGCAAACGAGUACGGGCCCUCCUUCAUCUUCUCCUACGUUGCCAGCUACAUGCUGGUGUCGAUGGGGAUUUUCAACGUAAUCUUGGCUGUGUACGUAGACAUUACUAUGAAAGCGGCCAAAGAGAAUGAUGCCGUUACACUCGAGCAGCAUUCCAAAGAGUCCAUCCGGAUUGCCCGGAUCACCCGAGAGCUGCUGAAGAAGUUUGCGGGCGCCUAUCGCAUCUUUCAGGACCAGGAAGACAGCAACGUUGACAGGUGCAUGGAUAUCUCCAACAGACGAAGUGACAUGAUGUUUACGGAUGGUGAUGUUCAUGAAGGGAUUGCCAUCACCAAGGAGUUGUUUCUCAUUGUUAUUCAGGAUCGCAGAGUGCAGGACCUCAUGGACGAGCUCGAGCUUCCUCCCGAUCGUGCCAAUCUCUUCGAGAUUAUUGAUGCAGAUUCCAGCGGCACACUCCACAUUACCGAGCUUGUCCAUGGGCUUUUGAAGAUCCGGGGCGAGAUCAAUAAGAGCGAUGUGGUGGCCGGGCUGCUGGCAACGAAGGCAUGCUACGAGAAGAUUAACGAGCUGAAAGAGGAGUAUCAAGCCAGCAUGGCAACUUUUGGCAACCAGUUGGCGGUGUUGCGCUGGGAGCUGCAGAGACCUAGCAGUAGCGAGUGCACGCACCCAGACGACGGUGGGAUGCAGCAGGAGGUGCAAGACAACAUCUUGCCUCCCCAAAGCUCCAAGCCGGCUCCCUUGAUGAUGCAGGUACCCAAAAAACCAGAAGUCGACGAGAGCGAAGAUCCAUCCCCUCCGGCUCCUGAGGGAGCCUGA